CCGCGGGGGAGUCAGUGUGCCCGUGACCGCCGUACGGGUCACAUCUUCCGAAUUUAGACCCCGCUCGUAAGUCAGUUUUUCCCGAAUGAAAAUUCGCUCAGUAUUACGAUAGCCUGUUGUAGCUUUUGGCAUUAGUAAAUAUCGCAGCAUCAUGGACAGAGUGCGAGUGUUAGUGUUGCUCUCAAUCGCGGCCGUCGCCCGCGCCCGCACGCUGGACGGCGGGCGGAACGACGUCCACGUCUUCAAGCCUCACCCUCCGAUGGCUCCGCCGAGGCUCCCGCUGCUGAAGGCGGGGAGCGACGUCAGCCUCGGCCUCAACGAUAUCCAAGGAGGACUUGAAGAUAAGGUGGAGUACGACGACUUAAUAGUUGAAGUAGAACCUUCGACCACUCCCGCGCCGCCGCCGCCGCCGCCCCCGCCGGUUACAGAGACCAACGCCAUCGAAGCAGUGGAAGAUCUCGUUGCGGAGGCCGUGGAAGAGAUCGCCGAAGAGGAGGAGGAAUUUGACGAGGACAUUUUCCAGGGCGAAGAGGACCUGGUAGUGAUCAUUAGGAGGAUGUACGAGUCGCUCGACAAGAGGCUGAGCUCGCUGAGGUCUCGGGUGUCCAGGGUCGAGCAGACCACCGGGGACGUCCUCGCUCGCCUCACCGUGCUGGACUGCGCGGACCUGCAGGUGCGAGGGAGGCAGUCGGGGACGUACACCUUCCACAUGGACCACAACGGCAAGAGGCCCGUCACCGUCUUCUGCGACAUGGACACGGACGGCGGCGGCUGGACGGUGAUCCAGCGGCGCCUGCCCCACUCCAAGGCCGUGAACUUCAACCGCGGUUGGCACGACUACAAGGUGGGAUUCGGCAACGCGUCCUCGGACUACUGGAUCGGGCUGGAGAACAUGUACGUCUGGACGAACACGCGCCACUACGAACUCCGCAUCGUCCUCUCGGACUUCGACGGCGAGUCGGCCUUCGCUCAGUACGACAACUUCUACAUCGAGAACGAGGACCACGCCUACAGGAUCCACCUCUCCGGCUACAGCGGGACGGCCGGCGACGCCAUGACCAACGAGGGCAAGUCAGACAACUUCACCGCCGACGGCAUGAUGUUCUCCACGCACGACGAGGACCACGACACGUCCCACGAGAUCAACUGCGCCAAGUACUGGAAGAUCGGCGGCUGGUGGUUCAACCGGUGCUCGUGGGCCAACCUGAACGGGCCCUACAAGGAGCCCGGCGACGGCGACGGCAUCGGCAUCAACUGGCACAUGUGGCGCAACAAGCAGUACCUGCGCUCGUCCACCAUGAUGAUUCGUCCGGCGAAGAACCACUGAGGGCGCGGCGCCGUGGGAACCCUCAGGUGCUGUGAAGGGUCCUUGGAGGCGAGAUCGGACGGGAGGCCAGGGAAUCGAGGUUCCUCUGUGGCUAAAACAGCUCUUUGUCGUAUUUUGUAUCUUCGUUCAAAACUGAAAAUUGAUACAUGGAUUAAACCUAAAUCAGGGAAUUCAGUUAAGAGCAAGAUAUGAAACUGGUACGAGAGUAUUUUUGUAAUAUAAAAGAUUUUGCGUAGUCAGUCAUACUACAUUGAAAAUUGCAUUAGUGUAUUUUCUUAUUUCAUGCUGAUUUUGUACAUACCGACUUUAGAUAUUUUAUAAAACUAUCAUAAUAUUUCAUACAAAUAAAUUAUGUUUCUAAGCAA